UUGGCUGAGCGGAAGGGAGUGCGCACUGUGAUUGGCGGCGGCGGUUGCGGCGAUAGGUUGCGCCGUGCGGCGGAGGCGGACGGAGAUGAUCGGAGACUUUCUGUUGUUCGGCACCUUGCUGAUGAAUGCAGGAGCUGUGCUGAACUUCAAACUAAAGAGAAAAGAACUGCAGGGUUUUGGAGAAGAUGGGCGACAGUUGACUACAGGUGAUAACAUAAGAGAGUUCCUGCUGAGUCUGCGCUAUUUCCGGAUCUUCAUCGCCCUGUGGAAUAUCUUCAUGAUGUUCUGUAUGAUUGUGCUCUUUGGAUCUUGAAAUCUAUCAAUGCUAUGGAAAAGGAGCAAUCCUGGGACCUUCUGGAUUUGGAUUCUUAGUCAUUUCUUUACUUGUUGAAUUAUAAUUUUUACAUUUGAUCAACCCUAAGGUUCUGGCAUGGGUUUUACACACCUUCAAACAGUUACAUACAUCUAAAGUCCAGCUCUACAACAGCAGCUAGAUAAGUGAUAGCAGCCAAAAGGAAUAUCUAUCCAGAGUUUUCCCGCCCUCCCUGGAUAGAUCACCUGUUCAGGAAAUUUCCCAGAUACUUUCACACUGCAGAGUUGAAAAUGCAGGAUCACUGCAUCAUAUUCAGUGUUCUUUUGGGUUCACUCCAGAGACAAACGGAUAUAUAUCUAAAAUGUCAGCCCCUGUGGAAAUUUGCCUGUAGAAAAAUAUUUUGAAUAUUAAAUUUAUGCUUAAUGGAUAAAUAGAUUGCCCCUUGCUUCUCAAAUUGUUUUUUUUUUCAAAGAAAUGAAUUUUAAAAUAGGAUAUUGUGUUAGAAUUGAAGUUUUUUUUAUGCAGCUAACUAGUACUAACAAAUCUGGUAUCAAAGAGGAUUUCAUGGAAUCACAUGUGGGCUGUAUACAUCACAAGGAUAAGUAAGUCAGUGUGGAAAGUACUGUGCUUACCAAUAUCACUGACUCUAUAUAGUUCAGAAAUAACAGCUGACCCACAGGGCUUUAUAAACUCUGGAGAUGAUGAGAUUCUUCCCUUUUAAGCAAUCUUAAGUCUAUGCUGAUCUGUAUUUUGCACAUAAUAAAUCCCUUCUCAGUUCCAUAUUUAGUGCACUUUUUUUGCUUAUCAGAUGAUGUUUUGUGCAAUGAGAGAACAAAAAGAAAAAUAAAUGUGAUUGAUGAAACUGAAUCACAAUAAAAUGUUGAAUUCAUGCAAGGGAAAUUUAUUUCAGUUUGAUUUUAAAUUUAAAUUUAUUCUAAUGGGCUGUCCCCACCGUUAAUCUGCUUCACACAAAUUCUAAUCAUGAUUGACUGCCCUUUGUACAUUUUCUCAAGGGUGUUAUAUAACCAAAGUGGGACAGUACUCCAAGGAGCAAUUCUGAUUGCAGCCUGCAACUUGCAGUCAGCACUUGUCCUGUUUUUUUUUGUCACUUGUUUUUAGCCUGUAGCAUGCCUACAUGGAGUCAGUGAAAUGAACACUUUGGUGGGAUGUAGAUUCAUUGUGACCAAAAUGGCCAUCACUUACAGUAUGGUUUCCCUCAAAUUACUAGGUAUUGUUGAAAAAAAUUAUGUCCCGUUUAUCUCCAAUCCUCUGGGUUCAGGUGCUAUAUUUAGGAUCAGUGGCCAUUAAUUGCCUGCUUGGUUUCUCAUCAGUGAUAGAAGUUUCUCUUUUCAAGUUCUUUAAGCUACAAUUAUAUACUUUCUGGUUGACCAGUGAUCUGUGUAGUGUUGGUGGCCGAGGUACUGAUGGUUUUCCCCAUUACUUGGAAACGUGUAUUUCAAAGCAAUAGUCCAUAUCCAGUGAACUUUUGUAGGAGUUACUUGAAUAACAUUACCAUGUGUCAGAAGGACAGUGCUUUAUUGGUGAUAUGCGAUGAUGCUUGACCAUUAUGUAUUGGAUAUCCAUGCUCAUUAUUGGAGGAGCUGCCCGAUAACUGGGAGAAACCGCCUCCUGCACGUGCUAUAAGUAGCUGCCAUUGUGGCUAAUUGAUCUAUUGCCCUCUUUUGUGUUGAAGAUAACAAGUUAUAAAUGCAGAGAAAACGACAUAAAUUGGGGAUGAGUGAAAUUAUAGAUGUCCACAGUGAGCAUAGAUUGUAAUUCAGCAAACUGCUGCUGUAAUGUGCUGUCCCUGACAAUAACCCUUCUGUCCACUGGUCUGCAGCCUGAUUCAUUGAUUUUCAGUUUUCUUAUAAAUUUGUUAAUAAUAUGUUGGACAACGGACUUGUGGCUCUCAAAUCAUGGUGGUUCUAAUACUUCAUGUUCUCACACCAUCACAUGUACCAUAAUCUGGUGUCUGUUCACAAAAACUAACUAUAAAUUAAAGCUCUUCUUAACCACAUUUGUGCUUUGGAUACAAUAAAAUGUGUAAACACUUAUUUGCAUCUAAAGUAUGUGGGACUACCUCUGUUUUUCAAUUUGUCUAUGUUGAUGAAUUAAAUCUAUUAUAUAUUAACUUUAAGACAUGUUUUGUAGUAUGGAAAAAAAAGAGUAAAAUGGGGCAAUCAAAGAUACAGGAAAACUCCAUUAAUCUGGCAUGCUCGGGACUUUGUUGGACAAGCAGAUUUUCUGGCUAUUGGGUGUCAUUAAUUUAUUACUCAUGUACCAAUGGAUUUUUAAUUCACAGAUGCUACACAGUAAAAUUUCCAGUGAACCUGGUAUGUUUCGAAGAGUGCAGGAAAUAAGGCUCCAGUAAGUUUCAAGGGAGCAUGGGAAACAUAACCAGAUGAGUUUAAAGGGAGCAUGAGAACUAAGGCCGCAGUGUAUGAAAGCAGCACAGGUUUUGCGCAGUAGAGUGGAGCUCAAGCAAUCAUAUUCUGUUUAGAAACUGAGCUCACGAUGUAAGAGAGUCAAUGCAACAUCACUGUUUCCUAUUCUACAGAUUUACACUGCUUUUUUUUUCUGCCCCUUCAAUGCCACAUGGACUGUCUCAUUUCUACCAAACCUCCAGACUGUUCAGCCACAGCUGGAAUAGUAGAUGCAGCUGAUCCAAUCAAAGAGUUACUGGUGAAUAAUUUGAGCCAAUAUGGUUUAAGGAAACAUUCCUAGGAAUCAGGCUUGCAGAGUGCUAACAUUUGUUGGAUUGGGUAAAUCUCUGAGAGGAUAACUGGGAUUCAAUUAUGUUCUUAUGAAGAGGCAGUUACUGUUUCCUUUAUUAUAUACAAAAAUGCACCACAUACUAUUUCUUGAUCUGAAUUUCCUGCUCUGAAGUAUUAGCAUUUGGCAGUUUUGAAUGCUAGGGUUGGAAUUGCAGAACGUGCAAACCUGCAAAAUCCUAGAUUGCAAAUGGCUUUGCUAUUUUUGGCCUAAGAAUGCUACUUUAAAGUGGAAUGAAAUGAAUUUCUGUACCAGAAUAAUGGGCGGUAAAUUAUAUACCUAUGUUUGAAGCAGUUCAGAUAUCCUUAUUUAACCAUUGAAACAACUGUAAGAAACCUCUUCCUGACCUUACAAUCAGCAGGAGCUGGAUUUUGGCAGUUUUCUGGUAGCUGUGGUUUUCAGUUGCCUGUGUAAAUAGUAAAUGACUUUGUACUAAUUCAUGUGGGUCAGUAUGGGCAAGCUGCUGUUUUCAAAAGAAACUGUUGCAAUAACUUCUCAUGUAAUGUUUGUCUCAAACUGCAUUGCCAAAUUUAAUGCCAUGGGUGCAUCUGUGUAUUAAACUUGUAAUUUUUUAAAUAAACAAGAAUCCUCUCCCAGA